UAAAAAUUUGAACACAAAGUUGAGCAAACAUGGACAAGGCGAGUAAAGGGAAACGAGUGGUGCGUGAGGAAAAGCAGCGCGAGCAGAAGCUCGAAGAAGUGGUGCUGAAAUCCUUGGAUGAAUGCAGCACCCCAGAGGACAAACUAAAAUCUCUACUGCAGCGCCAUGUGGAGAGCGAAAAGAAUGUGACUCGCCUAACGGCAGAUAUGCGCACGCUGCAGCGACACAUGGAAGCCCAGGCACGGGAGAAGGAGCAGGUGCAGCGUGAGCUCAACAAGAGUGUCUUGAUGCGGGAUAAAUUGCAAGAAGUGUGUCGCGAGCAGCAACGCAUUAUUAAGUCUGUGAAAAAUGAAAGUAUGCUGCAAAUCAAAAUUGAGGAGGAGCGCCGCAAGGAGAGUCAGACUAAAUUUCAGUCCUCGCUGAACGAUGUGCAAAAAUCAUUGACCAAGAACAAUGAAGAGAACAUCAAAUUGCGUGAUUACAACAUCGAAAUGACCAAAAAGUUAAAGUUAUUGGCGGAGCAGUACCAGGCACGCGAGAAUCAUUUGGAGAAACUGAACGAGCAGGUGCAUCUGGAGUCGCAGCUCAAUCAGGCCAAACUCAGCAAGGCCCAAGUAGAGGCUGCUAUGGAACGCGAGAUUUUAACAAAGGAAAAUCAAAUUGGACUGGAAAAAUUGCUCAAGGCACAACACGCCAUAAAGGAACUGACUGACCGCGAAGUGCAACUUAAGGAUCAACUGAAUAUUUAUACUUCUAAGUACGACGAAUUUCAGCAAUCGCUGCAAAAGUCCAAUGAAGUAUUUAGCAGCUACAAAGUCGAAUUGGAGAAAAUGUCCAAGCACACCAAGAAGAUUGAAAAGGAUGCACUGGGCUGGCGUCAAAAGUAUGAGAAGGCAAAUGCCCAAGUCAUUGAAUUGGCCACCGAGAAGCAGAUGCGUGAUCAGCAUUCGGAGCGCCUCCAAAAGCAGGUGGAGCAACUGCAGAAAUUGUUGAGGGCUUUGCAGUUAGAGCGCACCACAUUGCAUCAGACGCUGCGUGAGCAUAAUAUUGAAAUACCUGCCAUGCCACAGCUGCCGCCAGAGCCUGAGCCCAUCAAGACUGAACCCGCCAAUGCGGACAAGGCUAAAAUGGAGCUAAUGACGCGCAACUGUGCUGAACUCAAAGAAACACUGGCUAAUUUGCAGAAUCAAAUGAAAAAGCUGACCACGAAUGAUGCCAAAAUAGUUGCAGCUGAAUCGGAGAAAAUUAAAGCAGCCGAGGAACAGCAAAGAAUCAAGAAGAAUAACAAAAAGAAGGCCAGAUCGAAGGCAAAGGCUGCAGCUGCGGCUGCUGCUGCUGAGGCAGCAACAUCAAAAUGCGAAUCUGAUAAUGCCUCUGAAGAGCUGCCUCUAGCAGAGGAGCCUCAGCUGGAGUCGAAUGCCAGCAACGGCACCAGCGAGGAGCAAUCGCAGUCAAAUGGUGAUGAACAACCUAAGGAAACUGAGCCAGAAUCUCCGGAAACUGUGGGCGAUGCUGCCCCAGAGCCCAUUGACCUAAAGGAUGUGCCUGAUCUAAUCGAUGACAAGUCCGAUUAGAGUCCCAACAGCUUUGCUGCUCGGACUGUUGAAGCAUUUGUGUAUGCCCUUUCUUUUAAAUGCAUUUUAUGAUGGGCAAAGAAAAAAUAUACAAAAAAAAAACAACUGUAAAGUCGACUGCAGUGCAACGUUUACCACUUAUAUUAUUUAGUUAAUUUAUUGUAUUUUAUAUAUUUCGUAUUUAUUAUGAGCGGCUGAAAACAAAAUUGAUUAAACAGU